UGCAGCAGCCAGAAAGGGUACAUCAAAAAAGAAAGGAAAAUGUGGAUAGUGAGGACGAACUGAGGCCGGAGGAGAUACGUCGAACUUCAACUACUCCUUUCACAAGGCCACGUUACUGGGCAGUUGGGAUUAUUUAAACUGUCCAUCCGAGUAUUUUACCAUAUUACGGGUCGUUUCGAAGUUAAUCCGUCCACCUCGUUCUGUGGUAGUUUGUUUUGAGGAAGCAGCGCGGCUAGUCAGCUCAAUUAGCCUACCAGAGAUGGGGACGAGAACGAGUCGCCUACAGGAAGACGCGGUUUCCUCAGCUUUCGGGAAAGAUGGGACAAAGCGGGAUUCCUGUCGGCGACCUCGCUGCACGAGGCCCACCAGCCUCGUUGUCGACUUUUCGGUGAGCUUCGACGACACUGAGGCUAACCGAAGCCGAUCGGAGGAGGGUAGUGACUCGGACCCGGGGCAGCUCGGAGCGAGCGCGGACGGCAGCCCCGCUGACCACCACAGCAUCCCCUCUAGCAUUGGCCAGGCGUCACCCGGGGACGACGACAACAGCGAGGGGAAACCCGAGGAAGACGGCAAUGUUAGCCCAGAGGCUCCCGUCGACGCAGAACACCAGCAGGUUGAGGAGACAGGCCGCACACCACACCGCACCUUUUCCGAGCGGCUGCCCGGGAAUCGGCACUCUGCCACCCGUGUUGGCGCAAGGUCCGCCCGUGUUCGAAGCACACACCAGCGGCCGGUGUCGGAGGCUUGGAUCGGCCUUUACCGUUUGAACAAUCGCCACGGCAAUAUCCGCUGUCCUUUCUGCUCAAAGCCUUUCCCGGGGGGUCGGAUUGAGGAUCACCUGUUGAGUUGCCUCACAUCUCCCCCUCUACCUUACAACACGGAUGUGCUCAGUAAAGACAGUGGAGAGUGUUCCAUCUGUUUGGAGGAUUUGGUACAGGGAGAGACCAUCGCCAGACUGGCCUGCCUCUGCGUCUACCACAAGAGCUGCAUUGAUUCCUGGUCAAAGGUGAAGCCUUGCUGCCCUGAACAUCCCUUUGAUUGACUCAUGGGGUCACAUGUAUUCCACGCCGUGACCAACCCGACUCAGGAGACUACACUGAAUCCGAAAAAAUCCCAAUAAAAAAUGUGUAAUUGAACAAAAGAAAGCCCACUGUCACUCUUGGACACAGACUACAAAUACAUGAGCGGAGAACAGACGAUCCUAAGAGGAAGCUGCACAUGAAGACACCUGAUGCUCUCUACUGGGAUCGCUCCCUUUGAGCUUGACCAUUUCAAGCCAAACUCCUCCUGACAGUUUAAAAAUCCGUGGUCGAGACAUCCCCUCCCGGUUGGAACAGAAACGACGGCGUUUACCCGUCUAUUCUGCACACUUGGCUUUAAACUGCGGAACGUAUAAAUAUUAUCAUCCUAGAACGAACUUAAACCUGGCUGGGGGGGUUAAAAAGAAAAGAAAAAAUGGUCUUAACUGUGACUCUGGAUCCUCUCCUGUGUAUUUUCUCUCCCUCCCAACGGGAUUGUUUAUUUUAUCAAGUGUUUUGCAAAAAAAAAAAGAAAAAAAUCCAAAACAGAACGAUUAUCGUUCCAUGUCAUACAUCGGAUGAAUGUUUUCUCGGCUCACCCCAAAAUGAACCAACCUCACACUGAAAGCGCGAACUGUUACCAUGUAAACAUUGCUUUAUUUUGAUUGAGCUGGAGGUUGAGGACUUGUAUUUGGUGAAUGGGGGCUGCUGUCAUUAGGUGUUUUUUUUCCUCUCCUGUUACAUGUAAACAUUUCAGGGGAUGUUUGGGGGGCGGAAAAAUAAGUCAUUUUUUUGGUAGGUCAGACUCUUGUAGGUGGUUGAAUAGCGGUGGGUUUAAUGUGCUGCUACUUGGUGAGCGUUCAGGAGGGUUUGUAGGUAUUUUAUAGGGCCAUAGUAGCGCUGGUGUUUGCACCAACUUGUGCACUUUUGUCCCUCAGGCUUGUUUUAGUUUAAACCAUAAGGUCCAGGAUAAGAUUGUUUGUUUGUGUGUGCGCGUGUGCACGUUCAGAUAACGACCAGGGACAGACUAUGUCCUGAGCACGACUGUAAAUUCAAGUGUGUGUGUGUGUGUGUGUGUGUGUGUGUGUGUGUGUGUACGGGUUCGUACUAUCCUGGUGGGGACCAAAAUCUGACUUUUACUAUCCUGGUGGGGACUUUCUGCACCGUGGGGACCAAAAUCCAGGUCCCCUCGGGGUUGAAAGCAAUUUUCACACUCAAAAUGCGGUUUUACUGUCAGGGUUACAAUUAGGUUAUGGUUAGGUUUAGGGUAAGGGUUAGGGUUAGGCAUUCAUUUUUAAUGGUUAGGGUUAGGGUAAGGGGCUAGGGAAAGCAUUAUGUCAAUGGGAUGUCCCCACGAGGAUAGCAAACCAGACAUGUGUGUGUGUGUGUGUGUGUGUGUGUGUGUGUGUACUGUAAAUUGCCCAGAAGUCUGCUUGGUGAACCGGCUUAACUGCAUUCAACAUCCUUCCUGUUUAACGUUGCAUUUGGUACGCAACAUGGCGGCUCACAUGGUCGAAACUUCUACUUUGAAAGCUGUUUUGAGUUUUUGUCCCCUGCCUCCUCUGUCCUCUGGGGUGUCAUUUGGAUUUUUUUUCUCCGCUUUUGGACCACGCAACAGUUUCGCCAUCUGGUUACACAAAUGCCAGAUCGAAGGGAGAUAAAGGGACGGGUGUAUUUUUGGAGCAAGUGUACACCAUGUGGUAUCUGCCUCUAUCCAUAACACUGGAGGCUACGGACAGCUGAUGGUUAAUUAUUACAUAAGCAGCCCCCCCCCCUCCCAUUCCCUUUGUUUUUUUUGUUUUGUUUUUUUUUAGGCUAUUUUAUUAUCACAGUGCUCAUGUUUAUUGCUAAAUGUGUUAAAUGGCUAUCCUUGGCCUUUCUUUUUGUGUGUGUGUGUUGAUUGCCUUUUGCCUGGUGAAGGGGUUCUUGUGCAAGGAGGUAUUUGUGGUGUCGUUUUUGGGGGCUGAGCUGAAGUGGAAGCCCAAACAGUAAGGCUGCUCAACAGAUGCUGUCUGAUACAGGUUGUACGUAGGCCGGUGGAAACUCUAGCAGAAAGAACAAAAAAUAUAUUGCAACAGAUUGCUUUUGCUGCCUGCUCUAAAGGUGUUUAACUCUCAGCACUGCAGUGGUGUGGGGCGGUUUAGAGGUUGGCCAAGAGGUGAGCCAUGCGCACAGGUUUGUUCACCCCAGCCUCUGUUGGUCUUUUCUGUCUCCCCCACCCCAAUGUUCUGCAGUCUGCGGUGCUAUAACCUGUCCCGUCAUUAGAGGGCAGCCCUGUGCAUGUUUCUCUUAUUUUGUAUUGGAGAAAAGAAAAAUAAAGCCAAAAAUAGUUUGUUUGUGCAUUUAGGUCUGUGUUGUUGCGGGGGACAGGGCAGAAGAGGAGGCGCAUCGAUCAUGUAGAUGUUCAGAUUACAUUUGUUGUGGUGAUAAGUUAUGAUAUUGUAUACUUUGGCUGGGAGGGUUUUAAGGGGGGGGUGUUUGUGUGUGUGUGUGUGUGUGUGUGUGUGUGUGUGUGUGUGUUCAGAGGGGUGUUGGUGGCAGUUGGGUUGUCAAUAAAGAUUACAGACAAUCCAAAACCGCCACGUUACUCUUGAUUUACUUCCUUAACCCCCUCUAAGCUGUGCGGUGCAAUACCUCAGAUUUUUACCAAUGCUAGCUAAAUGCUCGGUGUGCAAACUAGCCCCUCUCCAACCAAGGAUGGUAUUUUGCAUAAAUAUUCUCAAGUCUUUGGUUUCGAAUCACAGGGCGCUGUUUCCCUGCCUGCCCUGUGAUUACAGACCGAUGUUUAAACUGUCACCACAGCGGUAUCUGCAUCCCCAAGAUAUGGACAAUCUGCCUUUACUCUGGUAUAAAACAAACAAAUUGAGUUUUAUUUAUUAAAUUGUAAAUAUGUAAUACAAUUCAAGAAAAUUGCUUGGUCCUUGUCUGUUCAAUAUACUGUUUCUAAGCUCCGAUCUUUUGUAUGUCUCAAAAAUUGUUUUUAUAUGUAUUUUUUACAAUAAAUAUGUGU